AUGGACGACGCCAAGAGAAGGGCGAUGAUAAAAUCACUAGCCUUCGAGCAAAAGAAGACGGGUGAAGUUGUUGUUCCUAAGAUGCCGGGGUCGUCGGCUAAGAGGAAGCAGCCGCCAAAGUCUGACCGUCCAUACAAGCAGCCAAAGGUUUCCUUGGAACCUGUUGUGGGCUUGAUGGCUGAAGGUGUUAAGACCGUCACCCAAGCCAAACAUGGAACCGGUAAGGGCUUAAUGCAUGCCCCACCCGUCAACGAGGAGAAGCCCCCUUCCCUUCUCCGUGACGACUCGAAAUAUGCCUUGGAGAAACUUUCGUCGAUAAUUUCCGCAGAGGAUUACGAGGAUCUGGGGAAUCAUUCGACGGAGGCAAUGGGGGAGACGGGUUUAUUCGCUGUUGGACAGUCCUUAGUUAUGAUGAAGGGUUUGAUGGAUCGCUGCCUCAACCGUGAAGCGGCUCUGGAGCGUGUACGGACAAAGGCUGGGCAGACGGAGGAGGAGCUUAGCCAACUGUACAAGUGGAAGUCCAAAAUGGAGCAGAAGUUUGAACUGUCUGAGAAGACCAGGCAAGAGUUCGAACAGAGGACGGAAGAAGCUGAGAAGGCCUUGAGGGGAAAGGAAGAUGAAGUGAAGGACCUGAAGAAGAAGCUCCGUCAGGCCAAGGAAGAUGCCGUCAACGAGUAUCGCGACUCAGAGGCAUUGUUGAAGGAGCUUGGGGGAUCAUUCCUUCAAGGCUUCGACGAUGCACUCCGUCAGAUAAAGAAGGCCUACCCAGAGCUGGACGUCUCCAUGAUAUCCGUCAGCGACCAAGAUCAGACAUCUGCUUUGCCCGUCGCUUCAGACAACACGGAGGACCUCUUUGGAGACGAAGCAGCUCAGGGUGACGGAGAGUCCGCUAUGCCGAAGGAGAUUCCUGUUGCCGACGCCAAGAAAGUUGAUUAA